AUGAUCCCACGCUUACCGAUCGAAUUGCGCAACAAGAUCUACAUAUACAGCAUUGCGAACACCCCAGUCUCCCCAUUUUCUCAUCGUUGUCAUUGUCACAAGGGAGGGCCAUUGGGUAAACACGAAAGAAUACAACACACACCACAUUUCGAUGCUUGGAGCAGCAAGGAACUUUCUCUCCUUCUAGUAAACAAGCAAACCAACAAAGAAGUUCUCGAUCUCACCUCUUCUACGCCAAAUAUUGCUUGGCCACUUUUCAAGAAUGAAAGCGAAAGCAUGACGCUUCCAAUUCAUUACCAAAAGUCCGGCUGCGAAGCUUGGUAUGAUCUAACGAUCGAUUGCCAAAACAAAGAGUCUUCUCGCGGUCCGACAACCAUUGAACAGCUUGUUGAGUACAUAUCGGAGUUCAAGAUCCUAACGAAUCUCGAAAUCGUUCUUCAUAUUCCACCAAGCGUGGCAUGGGAAGUGCCCGAAGACCAUCAGCUCUCUCGGUUAUUACCGCUCCUCGAUAUUCCUGGAAUACAGACGAGGGUUCGGAUCGAGGUACAGGUUGACUGUGAAGAGCUGGACAGUCGUUUUGGAGAGUUGGAAGAAGAGUCAGAUGGGGUAGAUGAUGGUGGCAGUCAUCCUGCUCAAUCGACUCACACCAGACAAAUCAUGGGUAGGUGGAUAAGAGCUUGGGAGGACUGUCAAGAAGACGCCAAUCGCUCUGUUUCUAGGAAAGACCUGAGUUCUGCGAAUCUAGUGGAGUUCCGGAAUUUUCAAAAACAAAUUGUGGUGGUUACUGUAUUUGGUUGA